ACUUUGCCCUACACGAUGAUAUCAACUUUAGCUACCUUUCCUCCGUUUCUGCACAAGGAUAUUAUUGAAUAUCUCAGCACAUCUUUUCUACCAAUGGCUAUAUUGGGCUCCUCAAGGAGAGAAGGUGUUCCUGCCCACGUUAAUCUCUCCGCAUCAUCCAUGCUAAUGAUUGCAAUGCAGUACACAUCCAAUCCAGUAUAUCAUUGUCAAUUAUUGGAAUGCCUCAUGAAAUAUAAACAAGAAGUCUGGAAAGAUCUUUUGUAUGUGAUAGCCUAUGGGCCUUCACAGGUGAAACCUCCAGCUGUGCAAAUGCUGUUCCAUUACUGGCCCAAUUUAAAACCUCCUGGGGCAAUAAGCGAGUACAGGGGCUUACAGUACACAGCUUGGAACCCCAUCCACUGCCAGCACACUGAAUGCCACAACGCAAUUAACAAACCAGCUGUGAAGAUGUGUAUAGACCCCUCCCUGUCUGUAGCUUUGGGUGAUAAACCACCCCCAUUGUAUCUCUGUGAAGAAUGCAGCCAGAGGAUUGCAGGGGACCACAGUGAAUGGUUGAUUGACGUUCUUCUGCCGCAAGCUGAAAUAUCUGCUAUAUGUCAGAAGAAGAACUGCAGUUCCCACGUUAGAAGAGCUGUUGUCACCUGCUUUUCAGCAGGGUGUUGUGGUCGUCACGGAAACAGGCCUGUUCGGUACUGCAAAAGAUGCCACUCAAAUCAUCACAGUAACGAACUGGGAGCUGCCUCGGAGACCCACCUCUAUCAGACCUCCCCUCCACCCAUCAACACUCGAGAAUGUGGUGCCGAGGAACUUGUCUGCGCCGUGGAGGCGGUGAUUAGCUUGUUGAAAGAAGCCGAGUUCCAUGCUGAGCAGCGGGAACAUGAGCUCAAUCGCCGGCGGCAGCUGGGCCUCUCCUCCUCCCACCAUUCCCUGGAUAACGCUGACUUUGACAACAAAGAUGAUGAUAAACACGACCAGCGGCUACUCAGUCAAUUUGGAAUAUGGUUCUUAGUGAGCCUCUGCACGCCCAGUGAGAACACCCCUACGGAAAGCUUGGCCAGGCUGGUGGCCAUGGUGUUUCAGUGGUUUCACUCCACAGCGUAUAUGAUGGAUGAUGAAGUUGGAAGUUUAGUGGAAAAGCUGAAGCCUCAGUUUGUCACCAAGUGGUUGAAGACAGUAUGUGAUGUUCGCUUUGAUGUCAUGGUCAUGUGCCUUCUUCCCAAACCAAUGGAAUUUGCCAGGGUUGGUGGAUACUGGGAUAAGUCCUGUAGCACAGUGACUCAGUUGAAGGAAGGUCUCAACCGAAUCCUCUGCCUGAUUCCCUACAAUGUGAUCAGUCAGUCCGUGUGGGAGUGUAUCAUGCCAGAAUGGCUGGAAGCCAUCAGAACAGAAGUCCCAGAUAAUCAGUUAAAAGAAUUCAGGGAAGUAUUAAGCAAAAUGUUUGACAUUGAGCUUUGUCCUCUACCUUUUUCAAUGGAAGAGAUGUUUGGCUUUAUUAGUUGUCGGUUCACAGGAUACCCUUCCUCUGUGCAGGAACAAGCUUUACUGUGGCUUCAUGUAUUAUCGGAGUUAGACAUCAUGGUUCCACUUCAACUAUUAAUCAGUAUGUUUUCUGAUGGAGUUAAUUCUGUUAAAGAACUGGCAAAUCAAAGAAAAUCAAGAGUCAGUGAACUGGCAGGGAACAUUGCAGCUCGAAGGGUGAGUGUUGCCUCUGAUCCUGGUCGACGAGUUCAGCACAAUAUGCUGAGUCCAUUUCAUAGUCCUUUUCAGAGUCCAUUUCGGAGUCCUAUGCGUAGCCCAUUUCGUAGUCCUUUCAAGAAUUUUGGACAUCAAGGAGGAAGGACUAUUGACUUUGAUUGUGAAGAUGAUGAAAUGAAUCUAAAUUGUUUCAUCCUCAUGUUUGAUCUUCUCCUGAAGCAGAUGGAGUUACAAGAUGAUGGGAUCACCAUGGGCUUAGAGCACAGCUUAUCAAAGGACAUUAUUUCCAUUAUAAACAAUGUCUUCCAAGCCCCCUGGGGGGGCUCCCACACCUGCCAGAAGGAAGAAAAAGCAAUUGAGUGUAACUUAUGUCAGUCUAGUAUUCUCUGCUAUCAGCUUGCUUGUGAGCUCCUGGAGAGACUGGCUCCCAAAGAAGAAAGCCGGCUGGUGGAGCCCACAGACAGCCUUGAGGAUAGCCUCCUUUCUUCCAGACCAGAGUUUAUUAUAGGCCCGGAAGGUGAGGACGAGGAGAACCCAGCAACUAAGCAUGAGGAGAACCCAGGCAAUCGCACCGAGCCCAUGGAACGUGCUGCAAUAAAGAAUGAUACUGAAAGAAAGUUUUGCUACCAGCAGCUUCCAGUAACGCUGAGACUAAUAUACACCAUUUUCCAGGAAAUGGCCAAGUUUGAAGAGCCAGACAUUCUUUUUAAUAUGCUCAAUUGCCUGAAGAUCCUCUGUCUACACGGAGAGUGUUUAUACAGCGCUAGAAAAGAUCAUCCUCAGUUUUUAGCCUAUAUUCAGGAUCAUAUGUUGAUUGCAAGCCUGUGGAGAGUCGUCAAAUCUGAAUUCUCCCAGCUAUCUUCAUUGGCAGUUCCUCUCCUUCUUCACGCUUUGUCACUUCCUCAUGGUGCUGACAUCUUUUGGACAAUCAUUAAUGGCAAUUUCAACAGCAAAGACUGGAAGAUGAGGUUUGAAGCAGUGGAAAAAGUGGCUGUAAUUUGUAGAUUUCUGGAUAUUCAUUCAGUGACCAAAAACCACCUGCUGAAGUACUCCCUGGCACACGCCUUCUGCUGCUUUCUGACGGCUGUGGAGGACGUCAACCCAGCUGUGGCUACGAGGGCUGGUCUCCUGCUUGACACCAUAAAGAGGCCAGCCUUGCAGGGUCUGUGUCUUUGUCUUGACUUCCAGUUUGAUACUGUGGUUAAAGAUCGACCCACAAUAUUGAGCAAGCUUUUACUCUUGCAUUUUCUUAAGCAAGAUAUUCCUGCUUUGAGUUGGGAGUUUUUUGUCAACAGAUUUGAAACGCUUUCUUUGGAAGCUCAGCUACAUUUGGAUUGUAACAAAGAAUUUCCUUUUCCUACAACUAUCACUGCUGUGAGGACCAAUGUCGCUAAUCUCAGUGAUGCAGCAUUGUGGAAGAUCAAGAGGGCUCGUUUUGCAAGGAACCGCCAGAAGAGUGUGCGUUCCCUCAGAGACAGCGUGAAAGGGCCCGCGGAGUCCAAGAGGGCGCUCUCCCUCCCUGAGACCCUAACCUCCAAAAUCCCUGUGAGGUUGACCAGGCAUGAGCAGUCUGCUCCAGCUCUCGGUGGGACACCCGAACAGAUGCCAGGCCAACAAUCCCCUGAGAAUGACAACACCAUCAAGGACCUGCUCCCUGAAGAUGCUGGGAUCGACCACCAGACAGUGCACCAGCUGAUUACCGUGCUCAUGAAGUUCAUGGCCAAGGAUGAGAGCAGCGCCGAAUCAGACAUCAGCAGCGCCAAGGCCUUCAACACGGUCAAGCGGCACCUGUAUGUCUUACUUGGCUACGACCAGCAGGAAGGUUGCUUCAUGAUUGCACCUCAAAAAAUGCGCCUGUCAACUUGUUUUAAUGCGUUUAUUGCAGGAAUUGCCCAAGUUAUGGACUAUAACAUUAAUUUGGGAAAACACCUUCUCCCCUUGGUGGUUCAGGUGCUCAAAUACUGCUCUUGUCCUCAACUACGGCAUUAUUUCCAACAGCCACCUCGUUGUUCUCUCUGGUCCCUAAAACCUCACAUCCGGCAGAUGUGGUUGAAGGCCUUGCUUGUCAUCCUUUACAAGUAUCCAUACCGAGACUGUGAUAUCAGCAAGGUCCUGCUGCAUCUGAUUCACAUAACAGUCAAUACACUCAAUGCACAAUAUCAUAGCUGCAAGCCCCAUGCCGCGGCAGGACCUUUGUACAGUGACAACAGUAACAUAAGCAGAUACAGCGAAAAAGAAAAAGAAGAAGAUAGUGUUUUUGAUGAAUCUGAUAUUCAUGAUACACCUACUGGACCCUGCAAUAAAGAGUCUCAAACUUUUUUUGCAAGAUUGAAAAGGAUAGGCGGCAGCAAAAUGGUGAAAUAUCAGCCGGUUGAGAUGAAUGUUCAGAGAAGUGAAAUAGAACUGGCUGAAUAUAGAGAAACGGGUGCAUUACAAGACAACAUUCUACACUGUGUGAGAGAAGAAAGCAUUCAGAAAAAGAAGCUGCGCUCUUUAAAACAAAAGUCUCUUGAUAUAGGGAAUGCAGACUCCCUCUUGUUCACACUAGAUGAGCACCGUAGGAAGUCCUGCAUAGACCGGUGUGACAUAGACAAGCCUCCAGCCCAAGCUGCUUAUUUCAUGCAAAGACAGCAUGACCAUGGACGGUCUAGACAGAACUCUGCUACGAGGUCUGACAAUGCCGAAAUCCCCGAGAACCCAGCUCUGGAAGGUUUUCAAGAAGCUCGGAGGCCUGUAAUACCAGAAGUUAGGUUAAACUGCAUGGAGACUUUUGAGGUGAAAGUGGAUUCCCCACUAAAGCCUGCUCCCAAAGAGGAUUUAGAUCUGAUAGACUUGUCCUCAGAUUCAACAUCUGGGCCUGAAAAACACUCUACGCUCUCAACAUCGGACAGCGACUCCCUUGUGUUUGAACCUCUUCCCCCUCUCCGAAUAGUAGAGAGUGAUGAAGAGGAGACCAUGGACCAAGGGGACGAUGGUACCUCUGGUAAGGAUGCUGCUUCCUCUCCCUCCAUCCGCAACCGCCCCUCUGUCCUCAGCCUCAGUAUGACGCCCCUCGUGCGAGUAAGCGUGGAAGACUGUUCCAAAGACUUUUCUCCUAAGGACUCAGGAAAUAACCAGUCGGCGGGUGACAGGGACCCCCCUCUCAUAGCUCUGGAAGACCCCACGGACUCCGAAGAAUUAUCAAAGCCUGAGGAGCUGCAAGGGUUUUCCUGUGGCAGCCCGCUCACGCUUAAGCAAAAACGAGACCUCCUUCAGAAGACGCUUGCUCUCCCUGAGAUGUCACUGGACGAUAACCCUGAGCCCAGCACUGAGGAAGCGAAGCCCGGUGGGCUGAUGCCAAGUUCAGGGGCAAAAACUGUCCUCCUCAAAGUCCCUGAAGAUUCGGAGAAUCCAAUGGAAAGUGAGAAGCCAGACGCCGGUGCUGAAUCAGACGCAGAACAGAACCCUGAAAGGAAGGCAGAAGAGGAGGGAGCUGAGGAAUCUGAAUUUAAGAUUCAGAUUGUCCCCAGGCAGAGGAAACAGAGGAAGAUUGCGGUCAGUGCCAUCCAGAGAGAGUACCUUGACAUUUCCUUCAACAUUCUAGACAAAUUGGGAGAUCAGAAAGAUCCAGAUCCUGCUACUAAAGGACUUUCAACUUUGGAAAUGCCACGAGAAUCCUCAUCUGCCCCUACAUUAGAAGCAGGUGCGCCAGAAACAAGUAGCCAUUCUUCAAUAUCAACUCAGUAUAGGCAGAUGAAAAGGGGAUCCCUGGGAGCUCUGACAAUGAGCCAGUUAAUGAAGCGACAGCUGGAACAUCAGUCUAGCGCCCCCCAUAACAUCAGCAACUGGGACACUGAACAGAUACAGCCUGGGAAACGCCAGUGUAAUGUGCCAAUGUGCCUAAGCCCUGACCUGGAGGGACAGCCACUGAGAAUGAGAGGUGCCACGAAAUCCAGCCUGCUGUCAGCACCCAGCAUUGUGAGUAUGUUCGUACCAGCACCCGAAGAAUUCACAGACGAGCAGCCGACGGUGAUGACAGACAAAUGCCAUGACUGUGGGGCCAUUCUUGAAGAGUAUGAUGAGGAAACCCUUGGGCUGGCCAUUGUGGUCCUCUCCACAUUCAUUCACUUAAGCCCAGACUUGGCAGCCCCGUUGUUGCUGGAUAUCAUGCAGUCUGUGGGAAGAUUGGCAUCCAGCACAACUUUUUCUAAUCAAGCAGAAAGCAUGAUGCUCCCCGGCAAUGCAGCGGGGGUGGCCAAGCAGUUCCUGCGCUGUAUCUUCCAUCAACUGGCUCCCAAUGGCAUCUUCCCGCAGCUGUUCCAGAGCACUAUCAAAGAUGGGACUUUUUUACGGACCUUGGCCACGUCUCUGAUGGACUUCAAUGAACUGAGCUCUGUUGCUGUCCUCAGUCAGCUCUUGGAGGGUCUAAAUAACAAAAAGAAUUUACCAGCAGGGGGUGCUAUGAUACGCUGUUUGGAAAACAUUGCUACCUUCAUGGAAGCUUUGCCCAUGGAUUCUCCUAGUAGCCUCUGGGCCAUCAUCAGCAACCAGUUUCAGACUUUUUUUGCCAAGCUGCCUUGUGUUUUGCCUCUGAAGUGUUCUUUAGAUUCCAGUUUGAGAAUUAUGAUUUGCCUCUUGAAGAUACCCUCUACCAAUGCCACAAGGAGUUUGUUGGAACCAUUUUCAAAACUGCUCAGCUUUGUAAUUCAGAAUGCCAUCUUCACUUUGGCCUACCUGGUGGAGGUGUGUGGCUUAUGUUACCGAGCUUUCACUAAGGAGAGGGAUAAAUUCUAUUUGUCUCGUAGUGUUGUUCUAGAACUCCUGCAGGCCCUGAAGCUCAAAUCUCCUUUACCGGAUACAAACCUCCUUCUGCUUGUCCAGUUUAUUUGUGCAGAUGCUGGAACCAAACUAGCUGAGUCAACGAUCCUGAGCAAGCAGAUGAUCGCCUCUGUACCUGGAUGCGGGACGGCGGCGAUGGAGUGUGUGCGGCAGUACAUCAACGACGUGCUGGACUUCAUGGCAGACAUGCACACGCUGACCAAACUGAAGAGCCACAUGAAGACAUGUUCCCAGCCUCUGCAUGAAGAUACCUUUGGUGGCCAUCUCAAAGUUGGGCUGGCUCAGAUUGCAGCCAUGGAAAUCUCACGGGGCAACCACAGAGAUAACAAAGCUGUGAUUCGCUAUCUGCCUUGGCUCUAUCAUCCCCCUUCUGCAAUGCAACAAGGACCAAAAGAAUUCAUUGAGUGUGUCUCUCACAUCCGGCUGCUGUCCUGGCUGCUUCUGGGUUCCCUCACUCAUAAUGCAGUGUGUCCAAAUGCCUCCUUUCCCUGCCUGCCAAUACCUCUGGAUGCAGGUUCCCAUAUUGCAGAUCAUCUUAUUGUUAUCCUGAUUGGAUUUCCAGAGCAAUCAAAGACCUCCGUGUUGCACAUGUGUUCUCUUUUCCAUGCAUUUAUCUUUGCUCAGCUCUGGACCGUAUAUUGUGAACAAAGUGCUGUAGCUACAAAUGUUCAAAGUCAGAAUGAAUUCAGCUUCACAGCGAUACUGACAGCACUAGAAUUUUGGAGUAGGGUGACACCCAGCAUCCUUCAGCUGAUGGCCCAUAACAAAGUGAUGGUAGAAAUGGUGUGUCUCCAUGUGAUUAGUUUAAUGGAGGCACUGCAAGAAUGCAAUUCAACAAUUUUUGUCAAGCUGAUACCUAUGUGGUUGCCAAUGAUUCAGUCAAAUAUCAAGCACUUAUCUGCGGGACUCCAGCUUCGCCUCCAGGCCAUUCAGAACAACGUGAACCACCACAGCCUCAGGACGCUGCCGGGUUCCACCCAGAGCAGUGCCAGCCUGGCGGCCCUGCGCAAGUGGCUGCAAUGCACCCAGUUCAAAAUGGCCCAGGUGGAGAUCCAGUCCUCAGAAGCAGCCUCUCAAUUUUAUCCUCUAUGAGCGGACUCCUCGGCUCUCAGUGUCAACACUCUGGUUUAGCAAU